GAACUGCAAAGCUCUUGUGCUUUGGAGAUGAGGAUGAUAAAUCCAAGGAAAUAAUCCAGCUGCUGCCAUUGUGACAACUGAAAGGUCCUUUGUGUCAAAAUGAACAGUCUUUGAGAAAAAUCUGGAAAGUGGUUAAAUCUGAAAAAUGGGAGAAAGAGUAAGGAGCCCAGACUCUGAACACGACAGGAAAUCAGAUGUGGAUAAAAAUAGUGACUCCUAUUAUUCAGAUGACGAUAAUGCAUCUCAUUCAUCUGGCCAGUCGCCAACACUAAGUUAUCCAUCUACAAGCCAAGAAAAAAGAGAUCACAAAACACAAACUUCAAACAGCCUUGUGCACUACCAAGCCACAAAGAAAUUGGGUUCCAAAUAUGCACCAAGCAAAAGAGGGACACAGUGGGGUUUCCAUUCUCAGAGCCUCACUAGGAAUUCUCCUGCAAAAGAUACAGAUCUUGUUACAAAAAGAGUUCUUUCUGCUAGGCUGCUGAAAAUCAAUGAGCUCCGAAAUGAACUGACUGAACUCCACAUCAAACUCAAUGAGCUGCAGAAGGAAAACAGGGCGCUGAAGAGGCUUCAGCACAGGCAGGAGAAAGCCUUGAAUAAGUUUGAAGAUACGGAAAACGAAAUCUCUCAGCUCCUUGCUCGGCACAGCAAUGAGAUUAGAAUAUUAAGGGAGCGCCUACGAAAAUCUCAAGAGAGAGAACGUGCAACUGAGAGACGGCUGAAGGAUUCAGAAGACGAACUGUACAGAACAAAAACUGUCUUGCAGAAACUGAAAAAGCUGUCUGCAGAUAAGCACCUUGCCGAAAGAGAUGACCUGGCAAAGAAACUCGCCUAUACAGAGAGCAGGCUAGAGGACAGUGAAAAAAGAAUUAAGGAUCUGGAAAAAAAUCUUGAACUAAGUGGUAGCAGUUUUCAACGAGAGCUACAUUCAAAGAAAAAAAAGGUAUAUGAGGCUCAAGAAGAAAACAGAGUUCUCCAAGAAGAGCUUCAUCAACUAAAUCAGAAAUUGAAGGAAAAAGAAAGAGAACUCGAAGCAAAAAACAUAUACGCUAAUCGUAUGUUGAAGCUAUCACCAAGAAGAGACACGGAUAUUACACAAAGAAAAAGAGUCAACAACCAAAAUAUUAAAAAAGGAGUACAGCUCACAAAAGGCAUACAGACUAGUGGAUACUUCUCACCAGUAGAAUUUGUUCCAGAACCAGAACUUGUCAGUGGUGACAGAGUAAACAAGAAAGAAGGGAUUCUUCCUAAAAUGGAAAAAGAAACUCAAGACAAAGAACGGAAAGAGCAAUCAGACCUCCUAAGACAGGACCAAGAUGGGGAAAUGGAGGACAAACUGAAACGUUUUCAGGAAAUACAGACUUUAGAGGAGAGGAUUCAAAAACUACAUGAUGAGUGGGAAAGGGAAGAAUAUGGCAAAAUGAAAAAAGAAAGCAGCUUUUUAUCGAAUAAAGAAGAGAAAACAAAGAUGGAGACGGAAAUCCACAAAGCUGAAGUAGAGAGAGAAAGCACUGAAUUGCUGGAAGACCGGCAAAAAAGAGAGCUCCUGCUUGCUAAAAUGCAAGAAAUUGAUAGAGAAACUCAAAAUGCAACAAACACGAAACCCGCUUCCCAAGCACCACCCACAAAUACAGCAAGAAAAUCUGAGUCCCUGGAGAAAAAGGAGAAACCUAAUCAGUUCUUUGAGAUUCCCGGGAAGGUUACUAAUGGGUUUCCUGCAGGUGGCAGCCAGGAUGAUGCCACAAAAGCAUCAGGGCAGAAGCAACGAAAUCCAAGGACCACAGAUUUGAGUAGCGAGUUAACAUUUGGUAGUUAUGUGCCCUCCUUUGGGAAAGGGUCAGGGAGACCGAGUUGGCUUACUCAAAAAAGUGACAACUUAGAAGAAAAUGUUAAGGAAAAUGCAGAUUUCAAUAGUAAGAAAGAAAAGAAGUCAAAUUUAAUGGAACAGCUCUUUGGAAGCAGUGCCAGUACCAUCCUCCUUUCUAAAAAUAAUAAUACAGCACCUUUUGACAUAGACUGGGACUCUAGUAAUACUCUUCUUGUUGAUAAGAACAGUAAAGUCAAAGUAAAAGAAGACAAUGAGCUUUUCAACAAAGGAAGAAACCCAGCCAGACACCAUUUGCAACACACUACAAACAAGCCAGGAGUUAAGACCCUGGGUUCCUUAGAAGAUGAAAUCGAAGAAGUAAUCUUACACUGA